UAUAGCACGCACGUACUAGUGAAAGUGGAGUCGAGUGUGUAAAACUUCCCCGAACUUCCGAAGUGAAAAAGAUGGUGAAAGUAACUGUCGUUGUGUCAAAUUCUCCGUGAUUCAACCAAGUUUUCGGGUCUUUUGACCCGGGCAGCCGUUCGCCAUGGGACUGUCUUUUAAGGUCAAGAAACGACUCACAAGGUGUGCCCAGUUCGCCUUUUUCUUGCUGUCCGGAAUAGAAUACGCUUGCGUUUUGCCCACACUCAAUUUGUAUUUGAGUCAACUGGAUGGUGAUGCAACAUUCUUUGGCAUUGUCAUGUCUGCGUAUAGCCUCACCGGCAUGCUGGCUGCGCCACUUUACGGUCUAGUCCAGGACCGGUUCAGAAGAACACAACUUAUCAUUUUGUUUUCAAUUCUGUGGCCAAUCGGAGGCAGUUUUCUGUACUUUUACGGAGGUUCCAAAUAUGUCCUACUGGGCAGUAGAUUAAUUUCAGGUGUUGGUGCUGGAGCAUUCGGAGCAAUCUAUGCUGACAUUUCGCGGUCAACCACAGAGAAGGAGCGCGCCGCAGUCAUGUCCGGUACCGGACUGUUUCGGCAAAUUGGUAUCCUGUUUGGACCAGCCGUCAAUAUACCACUCAACAGUUGUGACUUCUACAUCGGGCCGUUGCACGUCAACAAAUUCUCAGGGCCUGGUCUCAUUAUGUUCAUCCUCUUCACAAUCCUGGAGAUCGUCACGCUUUUCUGCUACUACGACGUCCCCCGCCUGCGAGAAGAAAUGGAGGCCCGGAACGGAGACGGGAAACCAGACCCCGUCGAAGACGACGCAGGCACCAGACUAAAUGGACACGACAGAUCUCCUUCACCGAAGGACAGAGGCAGAGCUGGGGACGCACCCAAAAGCACCGAGGCAGUGAGCAUCUGUGGUUGUGAAGAGCCAAAACAGUUGAAGCGCCUUGAUGCAUUAUUGAGAGAAGAAGUUGUGGUGGUUCUGACUGCUUCGUUUGUCUUCUUCUUCAACCAGUAUUGCUUAGAGACUGGUUUGACAGUAAUGACGAGGCGGUUACUACAAUUUGGCGGUGUGGAAAACAGUAUCAUGUUUACAUUGGCAGCCGCGCUGCUGAUUAUCAGUUUCCUCUCGGUUAAUUUCGUCAGCAAAAUCAUCUCGGAUCGUGUCAUGUUGAUCACCUCCUCGAUUGUGGAAUCGCUGCCAUUUAUAUUGCUCAUGGUGUUUUACCCGAAUGCCGUUCCAGGACGAGACAAAAACCUGUGGUGGUUUGCAAGCUUAUCGGUUGUCUUAAUGGCUGCCUUGCCAUAUGUGUACAUCUCCACGGUCGCCUUGUUCUCCAAGGUGACUCCUGUUGCUACGCAAGGCUUCAUGCAGGGGAUUCGUCAAGCAGUGACCGGGGUCGGAACCAUCAUGGGUCCCUUGUGGGCAGGCACCUUGGAGCACUGGCCUUUCGAAGCGUUAGCUGUCAUGGUGGCAUUUUACUUCUUGCUCCUGAUUAUGAUCACGCUGUCAUGGAAAUGUCUGAAACCGCAUUCAGACACAGCUGCAGCGAGACGUGUGCCAGUCAGCGACGAGAUUGAUGAGACAAAGCCACUCCUUACGGAGACAGACUUCAGUGAUUAUGGAGUAUCAUAAAGUUUAACCAUUUCAUUUUGUGUCGCCUAAACAAAGUAUAUAUUGGGGGGUGGGGCAUUGGCAUUUGCCCCACCAAGUUUUUUCCUUGCCCCCCCCCCCCCCCCG